CAGUAGUAGUGGCGAGGGCGACAUGCAUUAUUCGAGAUGCCAAGGGAAAAGGUGUUCAAGGUCAGGUCUGGUCGAUAUUUUCUCUUCUGCAUGCAUACAUCCAUCGAUCAUUUUCGCUCGUAGACUCCAGCUCCAAGUCUCGACUGGUCUUCAAUUUUCGUCGUAUGUUGUUGCCGAUACGCAUUUUCUCUCCGGGGGUCUCCCUUGGCGGCCAGAGGUGAAUCUCGUUUGAUAUAUAUAUAUAAGUUCUCAACCAACCUAGUUCUCCGGUUCGCUAGCGAAUCUCACGGUCACAGUCACAUCAUCUUCACGACUUAUUCGCCAUUUCUCCUUCUCACGCACCUAAACACCAAUUCAUAUCAUGGGGAUGUUUGAUCGGUCUACGUGCACGAAUAGCAGUGUUGUAUCUUCCCACGAUGCGCUGCCUGAUGAGACAACUCCACUUUUGAAAGGAAAAGAUACCAUAACUGUCAGCGUAUCUGCUUGCGAUCCGGAAGCAGAUGCUGUCGUUCCGGAGCCAUGUGCAGAUAAGCAGAGUCUUCUGCAGUCUUGCAAUAAUGUUACUGGUGUGAUUUCGAUUUUGCUGCUGGGUUCGUCUCAUCUUCUCCUACUCUCAGCUUCUCUCGCCUCGGAUGAUUUCAGAAACGAAAUUCGACAAGAACCGUGAUGGCUAACUUGCAUCAAAAGGGGUGUUUAUUGCCAAUGCCGAUGUAUCACUCGUUCUUGCUACUAGUGGCACAAUCAGUAGCGAGUUUGGCCAGCUUGGAAAUGCAGGAUGGUUGGUCACUUCAUAUACGCUAGCUAUGUGUGCGGCACAAUCCUUGGCAAGUUCUCAGACAAUUUUCCAUCAUUGAAUAAGUUCUAACAACAGAGUAGUAUGGUAGACUAAGCGAUAUAUAUGGCAGAAAAAACACCAUUAUUGCUUCAUAUGUUUUCUUCGCGGUCGGCUCGGCAAUAUGGUUAGUCCUACCUCUUUCCUCAACGAAACAUGAUGGUGGCCCUCGAAGCGAGAAAACUUUUGCUAACUGUUUACUUUAGCGGACUAGGCCAAACGAUUACGCAAGUCAUCAUCGGAAGACUUAUCGCUGGAGUUGGUGGAGCUGGAAUUAAUUGUCUCGUUGCUAUUGUCAUUGCUGGUACGAAUCACCUAAAACAACCUCCCGGCACUGAUAACCAACAAUCUCAGACAUGGUUCCUAUUCGAGAAGUUGCAUCAUGGAGAAGUUACGUGAACAUUGCUGCAACAUCAGGAAGAAGUCUCGGAGGACCCAUCGGUGGUUUUCUCACUGACACUGUAGGAUGGCGAUGGUAAUACCUUAUCCUCCAAAAACCUAAAAGACAAAAGCUUACAAUACUGUAUAGGUCUUUCCUGAUCCAAUGUCCUCCCACUCUCCUCGCUCUCCUUCUCGUUGUCUGGAAACUCAAAGUUCCACUUCUAGAGGAAGAAGACAAACACUCCCAACUCAGCAAGCUGCGACGCAUAGAUUUCCUCGGCGCCAUCCUCUUAUCAGUCUCCAUCGUCUGCGGUCUAACAGUCCUCGACUUGGGAGGUCAAAGAAUGCUCUGGACAUCAAUUAAAGUCCUCACUCUCUUUGCUAUCUCCAUUAGUUCGGGGACUUUGUUUUUGUUAGUUGAAGGAUUUUGGGCCAAGGAACCGAUUUUCCCACUCAGAUUACUGUUGAAUCGCGAUGUGGUUACCUCAUAUGUUAAUCUGGCGUUCCAAACAGGUGCUCAGGGUGCAGUAUGUAUCCCUUUGAUAAUGAUGAGCUGAAUAGUGGCUAAUGUCUGACAGAUGAUGUUACUCGUACCAAUGUACUUCCAAGUCUCAGCCCACGCCUCCGUCACCAACGCAGGCGCACACUUAAUGCCCUCGGUAAUUGGCAACGCGUGCGGCGGUCUUCUGACAGGCUACGUAAUCAAAAGGUUCGUCUUUUUCUUCCCUCCCCACGUCACCUUCAAACCAAGCUAAUCAGCGAAUCAGAACCGGUCGCUACAAAUCCAUAGCCAUCCUCGGUUGUCUCUCCUCCUCCUUCGCUUAUACCCUCAUGAUCCUCCGCUGGCACGGUCACACCUCCUUCCUCGAAUCGCUGUACAUAAUCCCCGGCGGCUUUGGCAACGGCAUUGCGCUCUCGGCUAGCUUCAUCGCCCUCACAGCCGGGGUUGAUGGGAGCCUGAUUGCGAUUGCGAGCUCGGGGCUGUACUUGAGUUCUAGCCUUGGCAUGGUCAGUGGACUGAGUGUUGCGGCGUCGAUUCUGCAGAGUACGCUUCGCAAGGAACUACGGAUACGGUUGGAGGGGUGGGGGGAUCGUGAGAUGGUGAGUUAUUCCAUUUCUUCUUGUGGUCGGAAAGUAGGAUGAGGACUAAUGCUUUGCAGAUUAUUAGUCGUGCGUUGAAUGAUAUUGAGUAUGUCCGCCUACUCGAGGGAAAACUCGGCGACUUGGUCGUUGCUGCUUAUGUCAAGUGUUUGGCGUAUACUCAUGGUAUGAUUCCCUUUAUCUGUCUUCGUUAAAGCUCAAACUAACAGACGAUUCUAGCUGUCUCUUUAAUUGGAGCUUUAAUCGCUCUCACGGCAGCAUUCUGCAUCAAGGAACACAGAUUGUGAUACAGUAUCUAGUCGAAAAGCAGGAAAUCAAGAUGAAAGAAAAAGUGAGAGGAGGAAAUAAUACACACUACUUCUCAGAGACCACCGGCAAACCAACAGCACGGGUUUCGGUUGGCCUCUCCAGACGCUCUCCAGACGCAUUUUCAAAAAGGAAGUGGAAUUGCAACGGAUGUGGAGAUGAAUUUACCGUUAGUCAUAGUUGCAAACUACGUUUGGGGUUCGCGAGGUGUUACCUAAACUCACGUCGGUCUGGGAUGGGAUUCUAUAUAUACCCCACAGUGCAACAAUACAAUCAAAAGUCGGGUCUCGGUAUCGGAUCAGGGAGGUUUACUAAUGCGUUUGACGCUCAAACGGCAGGUUCGAGGCGUUUGUGAUCGGAGUUUUGGGAAUGUGCAUAGGACGGAGGGAAUUGGUGUUAGGACACCAUACCAUACCUGGGUGCAUACUUGGAUAUUCUUUUCUGGCGUGGAGAGUGUAUAUAUCUUACCGUUUACUAAUACCG